UUGGUGUGGUAGAGGAGGGGGAGGUUGAGGUCGAUUGUGAUGAGUAGAUCGUCUGGACAAACAACAGCAUCACAGCUCACCAACACAACGACCGUGAAGGUGCUCGGUACAGUGUCACUACCGUCCGAUAUUUACAUCUCCACAGUAAAGUGUUACGAAUAUUUUAAAGAGUACAACUCUACAUUACAGUGUAACUAAUCACCAUGGUAUUCGAAGAACUCCACAGUGUAGUGCCUCCAUCAUUCUAUACGUACAGCACAGCUGUGUAGUGCCACUCAUCAUCAUCAUCAAUGUUGAGGGACAUACAGAGAUGCAAUUAUAAUAAAAAUUUGUGCCCCAUGAAGUGAAUAUGAAGAAGCAGGGGAUCGAACUCGGACAAUAAGGACUACGACCCCCGAGCGCUAUCCACUCAGCCGCGAAGCACCCACUGCUGUGUGUGUGUAAAGUGGUUACCAAGGCAGCAAUGGGAGCCACAACUGCCAUCCUCUUUGUCUUUGUUGGUUGUUGUAGUAAUGUGGUGUUUCUGGAGCUUCUGGUUCAGGAUGAACCCGCGUGUGGAAGCCUUCUUACCUUCGCACAGUUUGUCUUCAUCGCCGUGGAAGGUUUCGUUGUGACUGUUGACUUCGGCAGAAAGAAAAAUAUCAUUCCUAUAAAAGACUACCUCGUACUGGUGUUGAUGUUCUUCGUGGUCAACGUGACAAACAACAUGGCCUUCGGCUUCAAAAUUUCUAUGCCACUUCAUAUCAUCUUCCGCAGUGGUGGACUGAUAGCAAGUUUGGUGCUGGGGAUUCUGAUUCUCGGUCGAAAGUACAGCGUUACCAAGUACCUGUCUGUCGUUAUGAUCACACUGGGCACCAUUAUCUGCACCUUCGCCUCAGCUGAGCAUGUGGAGGAGCAAAAGGCGGAGUCUUUAGAAGGAAUCUCGAACUUCACUACCUGGCUGAUGGGUAUUGGUAUCCUGACCUUCGCCCUCUUCAUGUCGGCUAGGAUGGGCAUCUACCAGGAGUGCCUCUACAGCAAGCACGGCAAACACACCAUGGAAGCACUCUUUUAUAUCCACACCUUGUCGCUGCCGGGGUUUCUGCUGACGUGGUCCAGCAUAGCGGAUCACGCGGGGCGCUUCAGCAGGUCUGCGGUGCUCCCUGUCCUCGCUGGGGUGCCAGGCCUGGCCCGCGUACCCAGGCACUGGAUCUUCCUGGCCGGCAACGUCCUUACACAAUACCUGUGUGUGAGCUCAGUGUUCAAGCUGACCUCUGAGUGCACCGCCCUCACCGUGGCGCUGGUCCUCACCCUCAGGAAGUUCCUGUCCCUAGUCUUCUCCAUCCUCUAUUUCCAGAACCCCUUCACCCUGCAGCACUGGCUGGGGACCCUGCUGGUCUUCGGGGGCACGCUCCUCUUCAUGGACGUGUAUCAGAAGACUCGCGAAGCCUUGGGGGCGAGGCGGCCCAAGGUGGACUAGUCAAGGAGGGGAAUGUAUACUGUGUUGCGUUAGAAGACGAUUUAGAAUAUAGUCGACGUUUAAAGGAGUAACAUCAGCAUUCUUUUCAAGAAUGGACAAUGGACAUUCCAAAGUUGAAAAAUGUUUCGCAGAAUACUAAUAUUAUGCCAGAGUGGCCUCAUAUAUGGGAGCAAUCAAUACCACUUUUGUUACUAAUUCAUUUCAGAAUUCAAUACAGCCGUCAUUUGUUUCUCAAAACAGACACAAGAGAUAUAAUACUUAAUAUAUUUGAAGAAGAUGACAAAGUUUAGGGAGUAAUUUACUGGAGGAUCCUUAAGACACCUUAGAGGGUUGCUUACAACAGAAGAAUUGCUGAAUUACCCAUCACUACUCGUUCCACUUGUGCAAGUGCCACGCUCACGAGAAGGAUUAUCCAAUGACAUUGAUAUGAUAAUAUACAUUGGAUAAAAAACACUGAAAAUUUACUUUAAUAUAGAAAUCUGCUCAGGACAAAAUUAUACCUACUAGCCAGGCAUUUAGCUUUCAUUUCAUGGCCUAAAUAUCCUUCCAGAGGUUCACAGAUCCUUAAUAUCCCUUCAGAGGGUAAAAGGCCUAAAUGAAUAAAGAGGUUGAUAUGCUCCAAGAUCAGACCCAAGCUGUUCUGACUGGUUACUCCUUGUGUGUGGGACAGACAAGAGUCGAGACUUCUACUCGCCUAUGUGCAGAAGGACAGAAUAUUUUUAGGGCCGAAAGGUUAUGAGAUCCAUAACCUUUAGGCAUUUGUCUUGUAUGUUUUGUAACCUUUAAAUACACAAUAAAGCAAAAAAAAAAAAAAAAAAAAAAAAAGGAAGGGGGUGGUAGGAGAAAAGCAC